UGUCUGUGUUGUUGUUCGGCGGCGGCGGCUGCGGCGGCGGCGGCGGCAGCGGCGGCGGCAAGAUGGCUGCCCACGGGGGCUCCGCGUCGGCGGCGUCGGCGCUGAAGGGGUUAAUCCAGCAGUUCACUGCCAUCACGGGUGCAAGUGAAAGUGUAGGAAAGCACAUGCUUGAAGCCUGCAACAACAACCUGGAGAUGGCAGUCACUAUGUUCCUGGAUGGGGGAGGAAUUGCUGAAGAGCCCAGUACCAGUUCUGCGAGUGUCUCCACAGUUAGACCACACACGGAGUACGGGUUGAUUGUUUCUGUUAAAGCUCCUAAAAGACGGCGACCUGCACGAUCAAUAUUUGAUGGUUUCCGAGAUUUUCAAACUGAAACUAUUCGGCAAGAGCAGGAAUUAAGAAAUGGCGGAGCAAUAGACAAGAAACUAACUACUCUUGCGGAUCUUUUCCGGCCACCCAUUGACUUGAUGCAUAAAGGCAGCUUUGAAACAGCCAAAGAGUGCGGCCAGAUGCAAAACAAGUGGCUUAUGAUAAAUAUUCAAAAUGUGCAAGACUUUGCAUGCCAGUGCCUGAACCGUGAUGUAUGGAGCAAUGAAGCUGUGAAGAACAUUAUUCGAGAACAUUUCAUUUUCUGGCAGGUUUAUCAUGACAGUGAGGAAGGUCAGAGAUACAUACAGUUUUAUAAGCUAGGGGACUUCCCCUAUGUCUCCAUCUUGGACCCACGAACAGGUCAGAAGUUGGUAGAAUGGCACCAAUUAGAUGUAUCUUCUUUCUUGGACCAAGUGACAGGAUUUCUGGGUGAACAUGGGCAGCUGGAUGGACUUUCUAGCAGUCCUCCCAAAAAAUGUGCUCGAUCAGAAAGCCUUAUAGAUGCCAGUGAGGACAGCCAGCUAGAAGCGGCCAUCAGGGCCUCCCUGCAGGAGACACAUUUUGACUCCACACAGACGAAGCAGGAUAGCCGCUCAGAUGAAGAGUCUGAAUCUGAACUGUUCUCUGGCAGUGAGGAGUUCAUAUCCAUUUGUGGCUCUGAUGAAGAAGAAGAGGUAGAGAAUCUUGCCAAAUCUAGGAAGUCUCCCCACAAAGAUUUGGGGCAUAGAAAGGAGGAGAGUAGGAGGUCAUUGACUGAGCCCUCUGCCAGAACUGAGCCUGGGACAGCCACAAAUCACCAAGGAUUGCCAGCUUUCGACCCAGAGGUCCUAGAGAUAUCACCAGAAAAAUCAGAUGGAAUCGUGGAGGGGGCAGAUGUAAACGGACCAAAAGCACAGCUGAUGUUGCGGUACCCGGAUGGAAAAAGGGAACAGAUCACUCUUCCAGAGCAAGCUAAACUGCUAGCUUUAGUGAAGCAUGUCCAGUCUAAAGGAUAUCCAAAUGAACGUUUUGAACUUCUCACCAACUUCCCUCGGAGGAAACUCUCUCAUCUGGACUAUGACAUUACAUUACAGGAGGCGGGUCUUUGUCCUCAAGAGACUGUCUUUGUACAGGAGAGAAAUUAACACCUUGGCCUGACCUCUCUCAGCUUUCCCCUUUUCCCUUACUUGUGAUAUACCAUAUAUCACUAAGUAUGCAUUUUGGCUCAUAGGACAAGAGCGCCAAAGUUGGGCAAGCAAGUCACCUGCCUUCUCUUUAUUUCUUGUUCUGUUCUAGAAUUAGUCUCCUCUCCCCACCUUUUUCUCUCCUAAUCUCCUACUUUCCCCAUGUUCUUUAUUUCUUAACUGAUUUGGUGACCAAAUGGAAGUGUAAGGAUAGGAUCUGUCCUAGUACUAGCAGCAGGAAAUGUGUGUUCCAAUAUGUGGUCUCUUCACAGCAUUUUUUUCAGGGUCAGAUGGUUUUACUUCUCAGACUCCUUUGACAAGUAAUGACUAGAUUCAGAAUAUGAACUGUCUCUUUUUAAUGAGCCCCCAUUUUUAGUAGAGAGAAUUCUGAACACAGUUUUACUGUUCUUCAUGUAGGAAAUACCAAGUAACAAAAUGCCCAGGCUUUUGUUUAUAGGGAAAUAGCAUUAUUUAUAUUACUGUUCAUCAUACGUAAAAGAAAAAGAAAAAAAUUGUUUUUCGUUUUGUUUUACAAGAUUCCCAUCUUCUCAGCCGCAUGUUAUUUCCAUGCUGUGUGUUACUGGCAGAAUGAGUAUUCAGUGUAAGGUGUGUAACAUGGGUGGCUUCCAAUGUCCUAGCCUGACACGACUUUCUUCAUGAUUAUGCUAUUAAUUCUAUUGAUCCUCCUAGUCAUAGAAUGAACAUUUAGUGAGCAUAGUGUGGUGUUGGAUAUGGUGCUUGCUGAUUUUGCCAGUAGAGCAUAUUAGUUCUUUGACUCCUCCGUUGUCUGGGCCCAUGGUGAGCGACAGAAGGCAGCUCUCCAGUAAUCAUGCAGUACAAUGGCUUGUAACAUAACCACUGUGGUUAUAGAUUGUCCUAUGUGCUCAAGGCAUACUUAUGUAUGUCCUGGGGGAAAGAAAAACAUGCAGCUGAGAGUCGCUAACCAUGUUCAUUUGGUUAGAAAUGAUUCAUUUUUUAACCCCUGGUUGGAAUAAUUCUAAAGGCUCUGGUAACUGACUUUAUUUCCUCAUGCUGUUUUCCCUCAGAUGUUGUCAAAACUGAAAAUCUCUAAGGGGAAUACCUUUAGAUUCAGUUCAUAAGACAACUUUAGUAAAGGGGGUAUUGGAGGUUACAGUAAUCUUGAGAUGAUGUGGGCAUUUUUGCCCACAAAAGCCACCUUCAGAUCGUAGCUGGUGAAAGCUUCUUGCAAUGUUCAGAAACCACCUUGGGUCUGUAUAAUACUGUUGGCUUACGAGCUUCACUGUAUGUUCAUUUCUUAUUGAGCUUUAAAUAGAGUCCUCUGGUGGGGGAGGAAUGAUCUGGUAGUAAAAUCAGAAGUUAACCUACACUGUUUUUGUCAAUUUAGGACUUCAGUUGAUUCUUCCCUGGGAGGAACAUAAAUUGCUGUUGCUCAGAGACCUUUAGGUUGUUGUUGACUUGAAGACCAUUUUCUUGGCAACCAGGGGGUUGAAAAAAUGAUGCUGUGUGUUGCUAGUCCACAAUUAUAGAACAUGGUUUGUAAUGGUUGGAUUUUUAGGGACCCUCCCUGAAGAAUGAGUUAUGUAUCUCCUUGAGGAAAUCAUGGAAAAUUCUGUUAUUCUUCAGUGAGUCCUUUUGAAUUAAUGUUCUUACGUUUGUUUUCUAAGUCUGUGUAAGUGCUUAUGUAUAAGUAUAUAAUUGUAUAAAUAUUUAUAAAUAUAUUUAUAUAAUUACAAUUUCCUUUAUACCUUGAGUCAAAGUUCUCUCUGUAGAUUGGUGACUGAGUAAUACUGCUUGGGUGUUUCUCCUAGGCUCUUAAGGCUUAACUAGCUGCUUCUGAUCUGUCAUAUCUCUGAACUUGGAUGACAUAGUUACUGUCUGAGGGUAGAGCUGUCCACUAUCAAAGGUACAAUAGAAGGUACAAAAUCUCGGUAGUGGUAGUCAAGGUCAAAGCUAAAAACCAAGGCAAAGCAGGGUAAGAAGUGAUGUCUGUGUGGCCUUGUGCUAUGAGUCCCGUGUUCACUCCCAGCACAGUCACAGCUGAAGCCUGAAUUGGUUCAACCUGUGAAGUCCAGAAUAUUCACUCUAGGAGUCUGCUUCAUUCUCAUCCUACCAGCUUUUCUUUCUGAGCCACAUCUUAACAGCAUGUAGCAAUAUGUUCAUAAAGGAGAGGAGGACAUAGCACUAGUGUGCCCAUUUAUGAGACACCAAAGUAACUUUUUGACUUGGAUUAGCAUGGGAUGACCAAGUAUAUGUAGGAUUUAAGUAAAAGAGUGAUGCAUUGACCCAGUUUAGAUGUAAGUGACAUGUUCAGAGGACAAGAUAUAGAGGAUUUGAUUUUGUGUUGAGCCGGGCCUUUUUUAUACCAGAAUACCAACUCUGGAGUGUUGCCUUCCAGAAAAACCUCACCUGUUCGGGAGGGCCCUUAUUCCCAUUUGUAGGCUUCCUCUUCAAGUUCCUUUGUUCUCUGGAGGAAAGGUUUUGUUGAAGAGAUAGAAUGAAGUCAGCAACGUUCAUAAAUAGUCAUCCUCACCCCAUAGGUAUUGAGAACAACUUAAAAAGAGAGUUUAAAAAGUCAGGAGGGAAGGAACAAGGUAAACUUUGAGAGUGACAAAUACCGUACAGGGGAAUGGAAUGAAAACUAAUGAGGAAAAAGAGGAAUAUGUUCAAGUUGGACUCAGGAAGAGCUUAGAAGAGGAGGAAGCACAGUGGCAUCCAAGGGAAGAAUGGGAAACACAUUUUGAGUUCCUGGCAUGUGCUACGUACUCUGUGUUCUCCCCAGAAGUCUCCUGCAGACUCAUGAAUAGUGCCCGUUUCAUUUAGCAGGAGGAAAAUGGAAGGUCAGAGAAUGUAGUCCAGGCGCCCAGACCUCAAGUGGCUUGUUGCAGUGGGAAUGUAGAGCUUGGCCUCCCGCCCCUUCACCGUGCCCUUCCUGGCACAGGGAGUCAGUUUGCCCGUGAAGUCCACUUUGUAAGUUAGCAUUUGGUUUUGUUUACAUAAAGCUAAGUGAAGUAGUUCAGUUAAAGCUUGUGAAGUUUGCACUGUGCCUAUAAAGCUUAUUUAUGCCAUUCUUUUAAGAAGCUGAUUGUUAAUUGCUUUUUAAAAAUGACACAUUGACGAAAAUGUGCAAAGAAAAUAACUAUGCGACAUUAUUUGCCAAGACUAAAUCUAAAAACGAACAUAAUAUCUUUUUAACUUUUUAAAAACCUUUUUAGGAAACGUAAUAAUUCUUUCCUGUGUCCAGUCCACCUUUAUGUUUUUAAAUCUGUAAAAUUUUGCUUCCUGACUGUAUAAGGCAGCAGUCAGCUACUGAGUUCUGAAUCAAAAUUGGAAAUAUUUUGAAGUGUAAGAACUGAUUCCUAACUUUUUUAUCUAACUUGGCAGAUGGAUUACAAAUAAGACAGUUGGAAAACAGGUAGUUAUUUGCCUUUCUGGGCAAGGGAAGGAAUAAUGUAGGUUUUAGUUAGGGAAGUCUUCACAAAGAAAUAAGACUGAAAGGUGACAACACUGUGACUCAAAUAUCUUGAUUUAUCUACAUUCUUUAGCCCCCUCUGUUGUAAUUACUGUAUUUUAAAGCAUGAAGUUUUAUCAGUAAGGCAUAUGAAAAGUACCCAAGUAGGAAAGGAUUGCUGCAUUGAUCCCUAGUACUAAAGACUCAUAAUGAGCAGGGAUGUCAUUUGGAUGCUAAGAGGAAUGGCAGAGGGAGCCACUAGGAACUGAAAAAUGAAGGAAAGGUUUAGCUUAUCUCUCCAGGUACAAUUAAAACGUGCAGUGUGUAUGUUGUGCAGGAAGGGCGCUAUAGGCAGGGCAAGUGCACUUCGUGCACGAGCUCUGCCAUGAAUGAACUGUUAGCUUGUCAAGUCUUCCUACCUCGGAGUCUUGGUCUUGGGCUCCUUUUCCCAUAAUGAGAACAGUAGACUAGAUUAAUAGUUUUCAGUCUUUGCAAAUAGAAGGACUUAAACUUCCAAGUUUGCCAGGGGUGGGGAACUGUGGGGCUAACUGUAAUUAGUUCCAUAUAGCAAAUGUAAAUGUGCACCUACAGUUGCGGAGCCCAGCAGAGCUUGAGGAGCCCACACCCAGGAGACCACUAUUACAUCAUCUCGGAAUCCUUUACCACUCCAAAUUUUUGUGUCUGUAAUCUAUCCCCUUUUUAUAUAUUACAGUUAGGCUAAUUAAAAAUGUUCUUUUAAUCAGUUCCUUUGCCUUUUUUUUCUGUGUACAGGUGUAUCAUUUGCCCAGAAAGUUGACCUAAUCUCAUUGUAAUGACUGAAAUUCUCAAAAAGAAGAGUUUGUUAGGUGUAGAUCUAGUAAUGACCUUUUAACAGUUAGUGUUUAUGAAUUGUUAGUAUUGUAUGCCUGCCUAAUCAGUGUUGAGUACAACCAAGGCAUAAUUAAUGCAAAUCAAACACACUGGUGACUCUGGAGUUGAAUUUUAUCUUAUAUGCUAUAAAAUAACUACUCUCCUAACUAAGCUCUUACUGGUGAAAUGGCCUGCUAGAAUUUAUGCUUGGUUUGUCCAGAAACAACUUUUUAAAGUUCUGAUUAAGGUGAUUGUUUAAAAUGGUUUGUGUCCUGGCCCCCUCUUUGACCAUCUUUCCUUUAACUCAGUAGUAAAUUAUGGAGCCCAAGUAGGUGAAUAAUGUCUCAUGUGAUACCCUAAGUGAAGCAGCAGCCCAUCUGAUGAACAUAGCACUUUCCCAAUGAUACAAGCCUCCUUGAGCAGGCUACUUAAGAUAGCUGUGAAUAUUCACCUCUGUUGGUUUGCUUGGUUAGCAUUUCAUUUGUCUUGCCAUGAAACUUAGUAGUAUUACACAGUACGCACAUUAAAAGGUAGCAGGAAUAUUCAUUAGAAAUGCAAAUAAUAGCCAGGCAUGCUUGUGCAUGCCUGUAAUCCCAGCACUUGGGAGGCUGAGGCAAGAGGAUCAGAAGCUUCCUGGGUACCCUGGACUAGAAACCCUGUCUAAAAAAAAAAAGAAAGAAAUGAAAAUAGUCAAUAAAGAGUAAUAUUCUAAUACUAAAUGUUUAUUUCUCCCAUUAGUUUGGCAUUUCAGUAAUGGAGUAAUGGUUAUCUUGAGUUUUGACUCACCUGUGUGUCAUCGUUUUGGAGAGGAUAGUUUUGAAUCAAGAAUUCUCUGUUUUUUUUCAGAUAGGAUCUCACCUUGUACUCCAGGCAGGCCAUGAACAUGCAUCAGUCCUUCUGGGCCUCCCAAGUGCUGGGAAUACAGGCAUGUGCCACCAUGCCUGGCAGUAGCCUGAAGAGUUUUAAAAGUAGAGCAUGUGAUGGCCUUGAUUUCCUAAGGAAGUGAACCUACGUGAUUAGAUUAUUGGAUGUGAUGAAACCUUAAUUAGAACUGUCUUGUAAUCUUAGUUUCUCUUUUUACUCCCCCCCCCCCCAUUUGCGUAUUUGAUGCAGGGUCUCACUACACAGAUC